AUGAUGCACCCAAAAGAAUCCAAAGGAACCAAGGCCGCUAGAAAGACCAAGAAUGCCUUUCAAUAUGUUAUAGGGUCCUUCAAGAAAUCCGAUCCAAUGGCCAAGAUGAAGUACAAGGAGCAUUUGAUUGCCCAACGCAAAAAGGACUUUGGUGUCACUUAUAUCAAUCUAGUAAGAUUGAAUGCCACGCAAGAACAACUGCAAUUUGCGGUAGAUUCUUGUAAUACGGAUGUGGACAUUUUGUUACGAGAAAUUGAACAGCUCAAGGACAAGAUUGACAUGUUGGAUUACGAAACCAAAGCCAAUCUCAAGCCCAAGCCCGGAUCACCACAGUCUACAGCACAGUCUUCAUCACCACAUAUCUUCGCAGUGAGUGCGAAGGCAUAA